AUACCAUUGAGUAGACUUCAGUGCGACUUGUCGGAUCAAUAACUUAAGAAGACAUUUUUUUUCAAUAUCCAAAUGAGAAGUAUAAAUCACUGGCAAUAUUAUGGCUGUACCUGGUAAAAAGUCAUCUCAAAAAGUCUCAUCUACACUAUCUCAAGGUGGUGCUGAAGAUUUUGACAUAUUCUGUAAUCAAUGUGACAGAGAUGACAUCAGACUACCUGCCUUUGGUUACUGUCUCGAUUGUGAGGUACAUUUAUGUCAAACUUGCUAUAACACUCACAGGCGACCAAAACCACUAAGCCAUCAUCAACUUCUAGAUAAAGAUCACAUGCCACAAAAACAAAACCUCAGUAAGUCAUUAAAAUCUACUUCAGGCGCACAGGAUGGUGAUUUAUCAAAGCCUUGUACCAAACAUACCAAAGAAGUGAUCAAGUUCUACUGUCAUGACCAUAAUACACUAAUAUGUAGUGUAUGUGUGACCCUUGAACACACAAAAACAUCCUGCAAUGUGGACUACAUACCUGAUAUAUCAGGGCAGAUUUUAAACAGCACAGAGUUCAAAGAAACUAUUACAGAUAUUCACAAAUUAACAGAGAAAUGCUGCCAGAUUACAAAAGAUAUGAAACAACUAGUUGCUAAAUCAACAAAUUCUCUGAAAGAUGCUAUAGCAGAGAUAGACAACUUCAGGACAGAGAUAAACAAGAGAUUAGAUGAACUAGAAAAGGAGGUUAAAGAUACUGCAACAACAAUUCAGCAUGACAACAACAAAAAGUUGAAAACAACAGAAAUAACAUGUGAUAACAUCAACAGAUCACUCCAAGCUACAGGUGAUACUCUAAAACAUCUCAACACCAACAAGAAAACUGACCAACUGUUUACUGAAUUGAAAACAGCUCAGCAACAGAUAUUACACAAUGAAAAUAUAGCAAAAAAACUACCAACAACCAAUGAUGUUGAUGAAUACAAUUUUGAACCAAAUCAUGCUAUCAAAAAGCUCCUUCAGAAUGAGAAGUCAUUGGGAGCAUUGAGAAAAAAGGAAAUACAGCAACCAGCUCAACCAAAGAAUAAGGCUGCAGUACCAGUGAAAAUGUCCACCCUCAGAAACAUCAAUGUUAAAACAUCCUCAGAUACAAAGGAUUGCGAGAUUUCUGGUAUAACUGUCUCUCCUCAAAAUCAAUUAUUUGUAGCAGAUUACAAUAAUUCCUCAAUUAAAAUGAUAGACAUAAACAGUGAAAAAAUCAAACAACUACAGCUUGAAUCAGGCCCCUGGGAUAUCACCAUAGUGACCAGAGAUACACUCGCUGUUACAUUACCACACAUUGGAACAAUACAGUUCAUUUCCUUCUCCUCAAACUCUCUCUCAUUGAAAAACAAACUGAAAGUAGAUGGAGAGUGCUUUGGAAUAAGCCAUCAUCAGGGGAAACUUGCACUUACAUUUACAUUUCCUGGCAAACUCCAAAUCAUGGACUUGAAAGGUAAUAUUAAAAUUACAGUUGAGAGAGAUUCCAAUGGUGACAGUAUUUUCAGUGACCCUUGGUAUGUCACCACAAACAAUCAUUCAAUCUAUGUAUCUGCUCAUGACAAAAAAGAAGUUAUAUGGUUUAAUUGGCAAGGAGAGAUAAUAGGAAGGAAUGUAGAUAUUGAAAGACCAGAGGGUAUUUCACUGUUAGAUGACGGGUCCUUCUUUGUGAGUAAUUACUCGGGUGAAUGUAUAUAUAGAGUUAGUAGUGAUUGUAAAGACAUGACAACUAUACUGAAUGUGGAGUAUGCUCAUGCUAUAUGUUGGUGUGCUGAGACAAGUACACUUUAUUUAAGUACAUACAAAGAUUAUUUUGACGAGAGGAACAAUCAUAUCAAAGUGUAUAAAAUGGUGUAGAACCAAGAAAUGACAAUUGAUGCAGUCAAGGAUAGACAAGAUACUACCAUUAAGUACAUCAGAUCAAGCAACCCUAAUCAAGAUCACCAGCAGCAUUCAAGAUCACCAGUAGAAUUCAAGAUCACCAGUAUUCAAGAUCAUCAGUUUUCAAGAUCACCAGCACUCAAGAUAACUAGCAUCCAAGAUGACUAGUAUUUAAAACCACCAGUAUUCAAGAUCACCAGCAUUCAAGACCACCAGUAUUCAAUAUUUUGCAUUCAAGAUAACUAGCAUUCAAGAUAACUAGUAUUCAAGAUCACCAUUAUUCUAGAUAACAAGCACUCACUUAAAAUUUAGCAACAUUAUAAUGGUAUUCAAUAUCAUUUGUUUUUUGUUGGUUUUUGUAUAUGUGCU